AUGUCUAAAUCCAAGACGAAAAGUUCCAAGGGUGCCACGGCGCCUGAGAAUUCUGUCUUGAACAAGGUCAAAGACGCUGCUGUCACAAAACCAGCUCAGACACCAAAAGCAAAGAGCAAGGAAAUCGCAAAGCAAGUGGCCGCGAAAGAAGAGAAGAAGUCGAAGCAUAAGAAAGUCAAGGAGCCUACACCAGAACCGGAGUCUGACUCUGAAGAGUCUGCCAGCAGUGCUAGCGACGUGGCAAGCGAGAGUGAGAGCGAGUCUGAAGCAGAAGCGCCUGCUAAGAAGACCACCACAAAUGGAGAUGCCUCCGCGAGAGCUAAAGUAGCCCAAAAAGAUGAAGCUUCUGAUGCGGAUUCUGACUCUUCUGAAUCUUCCGACGAUGAGCCAGCUACCAGCGGCGUCCUAGGAACCGCUUCUGCUGUUACAGAAGCAGAUCAAGAGUCUGAUGAGGACAGUGAUGAGUCUGAAGUGGCUGCUGCGCCUGCAGCAGUUAACGGCAAAAGCAAGCCUGCGGCGGCGAGUUCAGAUGAAAGUGAAAGCAGUGACAGUGAUGAAGAAAGUGACGAUGAGCAACCUAAGACCGCCAAGAAGGCUCUCAGCGCUGAGCAAGGCACAAAGAAGUCCACCCCAGUCACUCCCCAAAAGGCGUCUGACGAGAACUCCAUUGAUUCUGAAGAUGAAGAGGACGAGGACAGUGAGGAGUCCAGCGACUCCAGCGAUGAUGAAGAGAUCGAACCAAAAAGAGCUACUUCAAAGCGCAAGGCUGAGGAAGAAGCGACUCCGGCUGCCAAAAAGGCGAAGGCUGGAGCUGACGCAAGUGGCGGUCAAGGCAAAAAUUUGUUUGUUGGUAGUCUAUCCUGGAACGUUGAUGAGCAAUGGCUCACAAGCGAGUUCGAAGAAUUUGGCGAACUCACUGGAGUGAGGAUCAUCACUGAUCGCGAUACUGGGCGUUCGAAGGGCUUCGGAUACGUUGAAUUUGUUAAUGCUGCAGAUGCGGCCGCAGCACACGCUGCCAAACAAGGCGCUGAUCUUGACGGGCGCAAAAUCAAUGUCGACUUUGCAACAUCUCGCACCUCGGGUGACCAGAAAGAUAGGACUCAAUCGCGUGCCAAAGCCUAUGGCGAUCAGACCAGUGAGCCGACAGACACCUUGUGGAUCGGCAAUAUCAGCUUUCAGGUCGACCAAGACCAACUCUCAACUGCAUUCCAAGACUAUGGCACAAUCCUGGGAGUGAGAUUACCUACGGACCGCGAGACUGGAGCCCUGAAAGGGUUCGGAUACGUAACAUACUCUUCCGCCGAUGAGGCAAAGGCUGCGAUGGAUGCCAUGCAAGGGGCUGAUCUUGCCGGUCGAUCUCUACGCCUCGAUUUUAGCCAACCCCGCCCGAACAAUGGGGACUCUCCGGCCCGGGGCGGUCGAGGUAGAGGACGUGGAGGCUUUAGCGAUCGUGGCAGAGGUGGUCGAGGAGGCGCACGCGGUGGACGUGGCGGCACCACCAAUCGUGGUGGCUUUGGUGAUUUCUCUGGCAAGAAGACAACCUUCUAG